UCAAAACCAAAAAAAAGGUGAAAGGAUUCCCCUUCCCACCAGGCCACCACCAGUGGCUCACCGCAACAACUCCGAAGUCCAAACCCGUCUCCGCCGCUCUCCCAGCACAUCGUCGCGAACCUCCCACCCCGCAGCUCUCUCAUCGCGCUCGCCUCGCCAGUAGGCCGGAGCAAAAGCCUCGACGCGGGCGCGUCCCUCAUGGCGGGAUUCACCGGGACUCUCCUCCCGCUCCUCCUCCUCCUCUCCGCCGCCGCGGCCGCGGCCGCCUCGCCGGCGCCGUCGGACGCGGUGUCCCGGUUCCAGGAGUACCUCCGCAUCGACACGGCGCAGCCAGCGCCGGACUACGCCGCGGCGGUGGCCUUCCUCCGCGACCAGGCGGCAGCCGCGGGGCUCGAGGCGCGGACGCUCGAGCCCGCCGCCGGCAAGCCCCUGCUGGUGCUCCGGUGGCUCGGCCGGCGGCCCUCUCUCCCUUCGAUACUUCUCAAUUCCCACACCGACGUUGUGCCUUCGGAGCCGAAGAAGUGGGAGCACGCCCCAUUCUCCGCCGCUCUCGACGAGGCAUCUGGCCGCAUCUACGCCCGCGGCUCCCAGGACAUGAAGUGUGUGGGGAUGCAAUACCUUGAAGCCAUCCGACGUCUCCGUGAUGCGGGAUUUGUCCCUGAUCGGAAUAUCUACAUAACAUUUGUCCCUGAUGAGGAGAUUGGUGGACAUGAGGGUGUUGAACUAUUUGUCACAUCAAAGGAAUUCAAAGAGAUGAAUGUAGGAUUGGUUCUUGAUGAGGGACUUGCAUCCCCUGGGGAGGAGUAUCGGGUGUUCUAUGCAGAGCGUAGCCCUUGGUGGCUCAUUAUUAAAGCAAAGGGUGCACCAGGGCAUGGUGCAAAGCUGUAUGAUGGUAGUGCAAUGGAAAAUUUGAUGAAGAGCGUGGAGGCUAUCCGGAGGUUCAGGACAUCUCAAUUUGAUUUAGUUAAGUCCGGAGAGAAAUCUGAAGGGGAUGUUGUAUCAGUGAAUUUUGCAUACUUGAAGGCUGGUACGCCGACUCCGACGGGUUUUGUCAUGAAUCUACAACCAUCUGAAGCAGAGAUAGGUAUUGACAUCAGAAUGCCUCCUAAUGUUCAUAUUGAAGCACUGGAGAGGCGUCUUGCUGAAGAAUGGGCACCUUCUUCACGCAACUUGACCUUCGAGUUUAAACAGAAGGGCACUGUCUUUGACAACUUUGGGAAGCCAGCCAUGACACUUGCUGACAGUUCAAACCCAUGGUGGCCUGUGUUUGAAGAAGCUGUAAAGAGAGCUGGUGGCAAACUUAGUAAGCCGGAGAUAUUUCCGGCGUCUACUGAUGCUCGUUACUUCCGCCAAAUUGGAAUACCAGCAUUCGGUUUUUCUCCUAUGGCAAACACACCAAUACUGCUCCAUGAUCAUAACGAGUUCCUGAGCAAAGAUGAGUACCUCAAAGGAAUUGAGAUAUACAAGUCCAUCAUCAAGGCACUGGCUACCCACAAAGGUGACGAAGUCGAUGAGGAGUCCAGGGCAGAGCUGUGAGAAAAGAUGACCCUUUCCUGCCAUGGUGGUGUACCUCUCGGCUCUUGCUGUGGAGUUCAGAAGCAUGAUCCGUCAAAACGAAUGCUUCGUUUCUGCUCCUGGGACGGGAGCAACACGGCAAACACGAUCCAUGUACAUUUCUAAUAAUCUGACCUAAAAUAAUUGAUGAUACUGCAUCUGUAUAGUUCCUCAGCAUAUCAUACUUCCGUAAGUGAUGGUAUUGCAUCUCUAGUCUCGGCGUAAUUGACGUUACUUCUGCUGCCUCAUGCGUCACUGCUGUAUAAACCUUUGUGGCAAUGUCUCUGUUUUUACCUGCUGUAUGUGCUGUGAUAUGUCUUGAAGCUUGGAUCUUAUUAGCUAAUGUUUAUCUGAAA